AUGGUGAAAAUCGAGAGCGAGAGCAAUCGAUUGGUUACGUUUUCAAAGAGGAGGAGUGGAAUUUUCAAGAAGGCGAGCGAGCUGGCUACGCUAUGUGGCAUUGAAGUGGCCAUAAUUGUCUUUUCUCCUGGUCAGCGAGUGUUCUCCUUUGGUCAUCCCAGCGUUGAACACAUCGUCAAUCGAUUUUACUCUGGUCGGCAACAGAUCAACCUGGCACCGACACCGGCGACGCCGACUACUCAAUUCAUUGAAUCUCAAAGGAAAACUAGGCUUCAAGAACUCGGUUUCGAACUUACUCAGGUGCUUGAUUAUCUGGAAAUGGCGAAGAAAAGAGGUGUACAGCUGGAUCGCAUUACCAGGGCCAACCGCAACAAGACCCUAAUGGACACCCCAAUGGAGAAACUGGACACCCCUCAGCUCCUCCAGCUGAAGGCCUCCCUCGAGCUGCUGAAGGCCCAGGUCGAGAACCAAGCCCACAUCAAGGCUCAGGCCCACGCCAUGGCGCAGGCCCACUAUGCUCAGGCCCAGGUCCAGGCCGAGCACCAGAGACAGCAGCAGCAGCUGCAGCAGCUCUACAUGAAUGCUGCUACUGUUGCUCUGCCGCCGCCGCCACCGGCGGCGGCUGCUCAGCCUCAGCUCCAGCUUGCUGCAGUGGAGAGCAAUAACAACAACAUGAACAACAAUGCUGCUGCUGCUGCUGCUUCUGCGAGUGCCAAUCACUUGGAGUUCUAUCAGAGGAUUAUGAAUGGCAGCAACCUGAACGGCGGCGGCGGCGUGCAGAUCGGCGACGGUUCGGUGACCGUGGCGAAUGGGAAUGUGGCGGUGAAUGGCAAUGGAGCUUUUCAGGAGUACCGUCGUAUUUGA